AUGCGUGCUGUAUACUUCCUUGUCACAUGGUUUGAUUUGCUGUAUAACAGAGAAAAUGUGAUGUGUGAAGUCAAGAGAUACACAUGGUUUGAUGCGCAGGAAAUAUGUAGAGGGAACAACAGCGUACUUAUUAGAAAAGCUAUCCAUAAUUCAUCGGAAUAUUUCUGGGUGGGACAUUAUCGACGGAAGUCGACGUUGAUAAAAAUAUCAGGAUGCUAUCCAGAGAGGAUACUUCAGACGUUUUCAUUGAGUUAUGAUAUGCAACGACUACCCUCCGCAGGAUUUUGUCAAGAAAUAUGCUUGUCUUUCAACAAGACCAUUUUUGCAAUAAAGGGAUCGGAAUGCAAAUGUUUACAAAAUCCUCCUAAUUUGAAUGAAGAAUUACCAUCAGAUACAUGUAAUGUUACAUGUAAUAUUGGAGCUGAUACCCAUUAUUUUGACGAAUGUGGUGGACAAAAGGCAUUCUCAGUAUUUCAUUCAGAUAUGGAAAACAAUAAAUAUACAAAAAAUGAUUCAUUUUGUAUUGGUAUUCACUGCACAAAAUUUCCGAAAUUUUACCUGGAAAGUAACUGUACUCGUGGAUACAAACCAUUAUGCCAAAGUUGUGAUGUUCCAGAAAAACGUCCCUUUGGAACAUGGUCAGAUGCAAUGAAAUAUUGUAAAUCUGCAAAUUCGUCGUCAUACUUAUUUUCCAAUGUAUUCUUGAACGACAUCAACAGAACCUGUACCUCAAUCAAUAGCGUAUUUACUCAACCAUCUUGGAUUGGAGUGGCUGCUGAAUUAUACAAUGGGAUUGAUCGUGAAGAAAGCAAUGUUUCCAAAAUAGUUAUCCCUGUAGUUGUCGUAAUAACGUGUCUUGUUGGAGGAUGUAGUGCAGUUUUACUGAAAAUGCGAAAACGAAGACAGAAACAAUCAUCUAAAACAAUGAAAACCAAACAUGGCGGGGAAUGGAGCAAAUAUCUAGAAUCCCAUAAAGAUGUUACAGAAGACCACUCUUAUUUUACUCUUGAAGCUCUGGAACAAUCUACAAAAGUAUCCAAUGGUCCCAAUAUCGAUUUGGCAAGUCCAUCUAAAGAUGAGACUUAUGAUCACCUCCGAGGCACAUUUGUAGGGACCAAAAAGGCAAAUAGAGAGAACGAUUAUGAUACAGCAAGCAAAAUUGCGGAAAAAUUAGAAUGUCAUUAUACUGAGAACACAAAAGGAGAUUAUGAUCACCUAAGAGAGAACAAUGUCAAAAUUGAAGACACAAUAAACUCUGGUUAUAGUCACGUCUUACCUCGAGCAAGCGAACAAUCUGAUUAUGACAUAGCAAGUAGAAUUACAAAAAAUGAAAUAAGGAGUAUAUACAGUCAUGUUAACACAAAUCAAUGA